UACAGUGUGAUAUAGACAGAUAGACUGACUGACUCGUGCAGUUUUGUAGCAUGAAGUAAUGCACAAUAAGUAAUGUUCUUGAAAUUCAUUCAAUUUUGUGCCAUUACAUUUAAGCUGGGGUUGUAGAAGAGGAUAUGAGUUCCUUAGGAGUUCUGGAUCUGAAUACUCGAGUGCAAUGGAGUGUGGACAGAGCAUGGGAUGUGCUUUACUGUGAACAAGUGCUGAUGGAGGUGGCAUCAGCCCAUGAGGAUAUUCUCCUACCAAUCUUUUUGAACUUAACAUAUGAGGAGAUGUGUCACCAGGCCAGGUCUGACCAGAGAAGCAUGGUUACAGUGAUCCUACAAGAAGGUGACAACAUACCUGAUGUGAUAAGGAUUCUGAAUAUUCUACAUGGAAUCAAUCAUGGAAACUUAUACUUUUGGAUAACAAAAGAAAAAUCCAGAUCUGGGAGAGAAGGUAUUGAAUUACUAUCCGUAUUUUGGAUGUUUACUAAGAUACGAGACAGACUGAAUUAA